AGCUGCCCACCUACCCCCCUCUUUCUCUCUCUCUCUCUCUUAUAUAUCUCCUCACCCAGCAGCCCUCCUUUGCCUCCCUCCUAUAUAUCUCCUCCACACUUCAUCCACAUCCAACAACCACCACCGCCAUACCCUCUGCUUUCUCUAUCUGUACAAUAAUCUCUUCACAAGAAAAGUAGCAAUGCGGAUGAGCUGUAAUGGAUGCAGAGUCCUUCGAAAGGGUUGCAGCGAAAACUGCAGCAUCAAACCAUGCCUCCAAUGGAUCAAGACCUCCGAGUCCCAAGCCAAUGCCACCGUCUUCCUCGCCAAGUUCUACGGCCGCGCUGGACUCAUGAACCUCAUCAACGCCGGUCCCGAACACCUCCGCCCUGCGAUAUUUAGAUCACUGCUAUACGAGGCUUGUGGCAGAAUCGUAAACCCGAUUUACGGAUCAGUCGGGUUGCUUUNAAGUAUUGUUUUCUUACUUGUUAGUUUGCAUAAAAGAAUAGUGGGUGUUUAUUGGUCUUGA